GCAGGUCCCGUGUAAACAAUGGAAGUCCGUUCGCGUGCCAGUGUUUAAAAUAAACAAAAUUACACGCAAAAUGCCGUUUUUACAACGAAAACACGAUAUUGAGAACACGUUUAUAAAAUACGUUGUUUUUAGGUUUUAUAUUUGAGGAAGUACGCCAUCAUAGAGACACAUGUGAAAAGCCUUGAUGAAGGCGUUCAGCUGGAUUUAAACGCACUAAAACCACAACCAGCUGGUAAAAUAAAAGCAGUUUACAGUCCAUCCAUGCACACACGUGUCCAGUGAAACAGACUUUAUUAUAGAAAUGAGUAAACGAGAAGACGAUGGAUGUGCCAGAAAACGAAGGACAGAAGCUGGAUAUAAAUCAGAGGACUGUAUGAAUCCGGAUUCAUCUGUCAUCGCUGCUUUCAAAGUAUUCCAGCAAGAGCUGGACACGAAGCAUGAUAAAUACGAGCGUCUGGUGAAAAUCAGUCGAGAUAUCACCAUCGAGAGCAAACGGACCAUAUUCCUCCUGCACAGAGUCACCAGUGUUCCAGAUGUUGAGGAGAUCCUGACUGAGGCCGAUGUGAAACUGGACGGCGUGAAGCAGAAGAUCGGAUGGAUAGCAGAAGAGCUGAAAGGAGAAGAUUUACACCAGUUUCACCGAGCGUUUACACCAGGCAUUCAGGAGUAUGUUGAGGCCGUGUCCUUCCAUCACUUCAUCAGACAUCGCGUACUGAUCAGCCUGGAGGAAAUCAACGCUCGUCUGGUCUUCAUGAGAGAAAAUAAGGGUGAAAGCGAGGUUGCAUGGACAGGCCCGAGCGUAUUGACCUUCCAGAUAACGCCGACCGACUACCUGCUGGGCGUCGCGGACCUGACGGGCGAGCUGAUGCGCAUGUGCAUAAGCAGCGUGGGCAACGGCGACAUAGACACGCCCUUCCAGCUCAGCGGCUUCCUGCGGGAAAUCCACGACGGCUUCUCCUACAUCGGCAACACGGGACCCUACGAGGUGUCUAAGAAACUGCACACACUGCGGCAGAGCCUGGGGAAGGUGGAGGACGCGUGCUACACCCUGCGUGUGCGCGGAUCCGAGAUUCCCAAACACAUGCUGGCCGACGUGUUCACCAGCAGGGCGGCGACGCAUUUGGACCCGGAUGAGCCGAUGGUGUGAGAUACCGAGAUGCGACCGCGUGUCCUUUCCUGUGCAUGUCGGACUUUGCAAACUGGGCAUAUUAUUGUUAGAGUAUUUUUAGUUUAAGGACUAUUUGUUUAAAUGGUUGCAUGUUGUUAACACGUCUAGUUCUUCAGUUGUGAGCUGUUGUAUUUCAUAUAAAUUGCAAAAUGUUUAACUGAUCUUGUUCCUUCUAAUCUUCCUGAAAGUUAUAAACAUGUUUACCAUUAUUUUGAAAUCAAACAGCCUCAGAACUGUCAAUAAAACUUGUUUUUGGUACAAACUUGGCCCUUGGCAACAUCUCAACAGAUCACAUUAGGGUGACCAUAUUAUAAGAGAUUAGUUAUUUAUUUCUUAAAUACCCCAAUUGUUUUACCCUUCUGCACUCAGUUUUAUGUAUUAAUUGAUUUUUAAUCAAGAAAAAACUCUUUCCCCCACUAAAAAAGUUAUUUGAAGGAUUUUCAAAGAUGGGAAGUGAUUUCCAAUUAAAUUUUUGAAUUUCAAUUGGAAAUAAAAUGAACAAACACCUGGAAUAUUUAAUAAAUUGCCAGUUUUAUUAAAUUAAAUAUUAAAUAUUUUUAUUAACCUGCUGGAAAUGCUUAAAUGAUUCAGGUGAUAUUCUGUAAAAAAGAAAAAGAAAAUAAAAAAAUUGUUAUUAUUAUUAUUAUUUGUGAAGAUACAUAAUGUGAACAGAAACAUGUAAAACUUAUUAGUUAAAGUGCCAUUACAAGAGCGAUCACGAGUUCUUUGCCUGAGCAAGUAACCAUAGCAACAGAAAACCGUUCGAGCGAUCGAAAUGGAAUGCGAAAACUACGAUCGCUCCAGCGGUGUUCUGUUGUUAUGGUUACCUCAGCCGAGGAGCACUUUUGUUCGCCCACUUUAGUUCCUAGGUUUGGCUUUCUUACAGUGUGUAGCCUAUUAUAUUUAUUAUAUACUAAGCGAGCGCUACGUAAUCCGUAGAAAUUUAAAAUCGGCGUGCUCUUCGGCGGAGGUAACCAUGGCAACACCGCUGGAACGAUAGUAAUGAAACGCCUAUAGCCUAUACGUACUACCGGCACAUCCGGGAACUUAACUGUCAAUUUCGUCACCGCCCCUUUUUAGGGGAAAAUAAACUAGGCUGCCCAAUAGACUUCAAUACAAAAUAGCGGCACAAAGCAACGUCCGUACACAGCCGGCAGGCGUGAAUAACUUAAGAAAUCACUAAGAUUAAACAUGUCAAGUAAUUAUAUGUCCACCCUGCCUGCCAUAGAGCGUGAAAGAAACAUCCACAAACUUAAUUUGGUCAAUUUAAAAACUCAUUAUCCCAGCGUCAAAUUGGUGUAACAACCCCACUCAGUGGCCAGAGGUGUCUUACCGGACAUUUACUCGUACCUAAUCUAAUCACAAGGUAAGCCAGUGAAUGAUUUUACUUCGUAUUUGAAAGUAAAUAUCUUUAAAUGUAUAUAUUAUGUCCUUAUAUUUAGAGUACCGAGUGCACUUUUCUGUCCAGCCAUACAACUAGCCUGGCUUAGCUUUCGAUAGCAUCAUCCGUAAUUCAUGAUAUUUUCAUAACAGCAAGAUAUGGAUGAUGAUGGCAGGUAGCCUGGGCUAAAUUCGGGUUUUUACAAACAUUAUUGGUGCACCCAACCACACAAGAACUCUUUGGCAUGUUGUAAGGUUAGUCCACUUCCUCGAUCCGAUGCUGUUUGGCGGUUUGUUUUCCCCUAAAAGUGGGCGUGAACCUGUUCAGAGACAUUCUAUGACGUUGCGCCGGUUGUGAGUAUAUAGCAUGAAGCCUAUAUACUGUAUAUAUAACACAAAUACAAAAACUAAAUGGAAAAAUGUAAGUAUAUAUAUAUAUAUAUAUAUAUAUAUAUAUAUAUAUAUAUGCCCCUGCAAUGAGUGGGCAUAAAUUAAUACAAAAAAAUAAAAUGUAUUUAAAACAAAAUCAUACAAUUGUUUACAUAGUUGAUCACUUGUAAUAUUCUCUCAGUCUUCUCUCUAAACACCGUUUCAAACAGCUCCCCUAUGCGAGCUCGAGAUUUUGCGUUAAGUUGUACAAUACGGACACAUAGUGACUAAUUCAAGUCAUUGCAGGACAUGACUACAAGCAUUCACUUCUUAAAGGAAUUUGCUUCCAUAGUAGGGAAAGAAAUACUAUGGAAGUCAAUGGGGACCAUCAGCUGUUUGAUUACCAGCAUUCUUCAAAAUAUCUUCUUCUGCGUUCAACAUAAGAAAGAAACUCAAAAUGUUUGGAACGUCAGGAGGGUGAGUAAAUGAUGACAAAAUUUGCAUUUUAGGGUGAACUAUUCCUUUAAAGAGCGAUAGUAUGUGUUCAGGUCUCAAGCCAGGAUGAUAUCUGAAAGUAAAUAAACUCUUGAGCUGGAAUAUAGACAAUAUAAAUAUAAAACCGUUGUCAUGAACCAUGUCAUUUGUGUUAUUUCAUAAGUUUUGAUGACUUUACUAUUGCUAUAAAAUGUGAAAAAAAGUCAUAAUAAAGAAAAACAGACUUCUGA